UUUUUUUUGUGUGUUUUGAAAGUGAUUUCUCGCCGAUAUGAAAGAUGCGUGACUUCCCAAAACCGUACCACAUGCGUUGCUUGUCUGUCGACACUUAUAGCAAGCGUCGAGGCUCUUAACAAAAGUCAGCCUGGAAGAAGAUACCUUCAUCAAUUGGCGCUAAAGGUGGGUGGUUUUCCAGUCUCUUCUCUGGCCUGUUUGGUACCAAAGAGAUGAGGAUCCUGAUCCUGGGGUUGGACGGAGCUGGUAAAACUACCAUCCUAUACCGCCUGCAGGUCGGAGAGGUGGUCACCACCAUUCCAACGAUCGGCUUCAACGUGGAGACGGUGACGUACAAGAACCUGAAGUUCCAGGUGUGGGAUCUUGGUGGACAGACGAGUAUCAGGCCAUACUGGCGUUGUUAUUACUCCAACACAGAUGCUGUCAUCUACGUGGUGGACAGCAGUGACCGAGACAGGAUGGGCAUCUCUAAGUCUGAGCUUGUCACCAUGCUGGAGGAAGAGGAGUUGAAGAAAGCCAUCCUGGUGGUGUUUGCUAACAAGCAGGACAUGGAACAGUCCAUGACCCCGGCUGAGGUGGCCAACUCCCUGGGCCUCCCCGCCCUCAAAGACAGGAAGUGGCAGAUCUUCAAGACCUCCGCCACCAAGGGCACGGGCCUGGACGAGGCCAUGGAGUGGCUGGUGGAAGCCCUGAAGAGCAGGCAGUAAAGACAGCCCACACCUCUUGUUCUCUGUAAAUACUCCUGAACUCCUGUAUAAAAUACUUCCUGAUUGGACCGCUCAGGAGGACCAGUGACUGCAGUCCUUCCAGGGGCACGUUCUGUCGUGAAUAGAGCUGACGAGAAUCCUUACUCUACAUGUCACAGGUUCUACACAAUACAUUUCUAUAUGAAGGUGCCAAAACGUUGUGCCCUGCUGAACACAGCCCCACCCUAUCCCUGAAGCCUUCACCACGCCUAGCCCCUCCAUGCCUUCCAGCCUGGGAUAGAGAGGCUGCAAUAUAGUAUAUUACCUUGUCCCAAAACACUUAUCCCCGUGGUGUUUGCAGAUCUGAAGAGGACCAAGUAAUGUGGUGAUGGCUCCACAUUAGACCUCCAAUUGGGUGUACGGCACACAUAGAUUAUAUAGUAUCUUCUGCCAUUUUUGGUGAACCCUUCCAGUUCCUUCUGAUCUGUAAACACAAGAGGGGUUGGCUCAGGGGCAAAGAACUGACCGGCCCCUUCAAGGAAGAGGACCUGAGCAACGUUACUGCAGCUGGUGCUGUUUUUUAUUGUAUUACUCAUACUGAAUUUGUUUUUAUUUGUUUUCAUUUCUUAAUCUUCUGUUGGGUGUGUAAAUAAAGUUUGAGGUUGUUA